AUGAAUAAAAAGAGGAGACCUAGUUUUAUACCAGAAGAAAAAAGAGUGAAAAGAGCAAGUUCGAGAUUAAAUAGACGACAAUAUAAUCAAGGGGAAUUUAAAGGGUGUUCUCAUGGAACAGUCCCUUUUAGGAGGGUUCAGAAGGAAGAUUUGAUCAAUGAUAAAGCAAUUCGUGAUCUUCGUCGUCCAAGAUCAGUAAAUUUAACACAAGGGCUCACGCCUGAAAUGCAUGUAAGUAUGUUCGACUGUACAAUAUCCAUUAAAUCAGAUAUUCAGAUACAGAGUACUAACUUUGCUAGUGAUUUUAACCUUAUUGAUUCGGGUACUCCGAAGUAUGCAGCGUUGACAACUCCAGAUGAUAAAUCCAGAAAGAUAGAAGGAGCAUCGACAUUCAUCACAGUAUACAACUUAUCAGUCCAAGCACCCCAAUUAAGCGAGGCUCUACUAUGGAUUGGUUCCGGUGUUAGUGGUUCAUAUAGCAGUGUAGAGUAUGGAUGGACAGUAAAUCCACAAUUGUAUGGAGAUAGUCAAUCGCGAACUUAUAGCCAGUGGACUGCAGAUGGUUUCCAAAGCACAGGAUGCUAUAACUCACUUUGCCCAGGGUAUGUGCAAAUAAGUCCAAGAUUGCCAAUGGGUUCAACAAGUAAUCCUGUUUCGACCGAUGGAGGAAAGACCUAUGGCAUGGAUAUCAAGAUCUACAGGGAUCUAAAGACAAGCAAUUGGUGGAUUAUUGAAAACUUUAGUGACUUAGAAAACGAACCAAUAGGUUACUGGCCAAAAGAGUUAUUUCCAACACUGGCGGAUUCUACUACUGUACUGCAAUUAGGAGGGAAGGAGUCUAUUGCAGCACAUGAUCUCACCAGAAGUUGUUACGCUUCCAAACUCGCUUACAUGGAUACAGACGGAGAGUUUUACUUACCAAAAAAUCUUCCCAUUCAAGUGACUGCUGAUAAUCUUGAUGUAUACAAGGCAGAUUACUUGGGGAAGAUAGAUGAUGACAAUGGAUAUACCCUGUUGUUUGGGGGACCUGACCACAUUGGUUAG